GGAGAGAAGGGAUUCAGACAAGGAGAUCCUCGUGGACUAUAACUUUAGAGAAAAAUGGAGCCAACAUAGCCAACAACCAAACGGACCUCAGGACGAUCCAAAGAGUGCCCAAAUGGCCACUUGAUUUCACAGGAUUUGCGGAUGAUAAAAGCAUCUGUUUUACAAAAUCCGGAUCAUUAAUGAAAUCACAACUAGAGCUAUCGACGCGUUUGGCAUCACUGCAGCACUUCUGGUGGCAGUGAAUCAUGCUGCCGCGACUUGGCUGCUCAGUGGGAGCAUCAUCAGCUUAGUGCCAGAGCAGUGUCUGGAUACAGUCAGGCCUGUGUGCGCUCAGACAUCCGCAGGCAAAGAGUAGCUCGUUAGCCCACACAGGAAAGGCAGAAUCAGAGGAACUAUGCUGCUACCUGACAGGCCUUUCACUUAAGAUAGAAAAAAUGGCCUUUGCUGGUGUGCUCAAUGACGCUGAAGUCAAGGCAGCCCUGGAUGGCUGCUCAGCUGCUGACUCCUUCAACUACAAGAGUUUCUUCAAGGCCUGCGGCCUGGCCAGCAAGUCCUCCGAUGAAGUCAAGAAGGCCUUCGCCAUCAUUGACCAGGACAACAGUGGCUUCAUUGAGGAGGAUGAGCUGAAGCUGUUCCUCCAGAACUUCGUUGCCAGCGCAAGAGCACUGACUGACAAGGAGACCAAGGCUUUCCUCGCCGCUGGAGACAGUGACGGUGAUGGCAAGAUCGGAGUCGAUGAGUUUGCUGCCCUUGUUAAGGCAUAAAUUUCAACUGACCAAGAUCUACUUCUUUUCAUGGAACUGCGAGCUCCUUUCAAGAUUCAGUAAUCAUCAGCUGAAAGAAUAUUUUUUAUACCUUAUUUAUGAGUUGCCUGCGGAUUAUUUCUCAACAUGGAACACAUAAUUUACUGCUAGUUUGAGAUGUGUUAUAUGUUCUGAAAAAUGACUUGUGCAAACUGUAAAACACCAUAUGCACUUUUGAGGAAGAGUGAAAAACCAGGAAUAAAUACUCUUUUGGUGUAAAGUCA